UGAUGGUGUCGUGGAUUUUGCAGCGUGCGCGGCGGCGUCGUCGGCGCUGGACGCAUUAUGAGUUCUGCCAUGGCGUUCAACUUGGCAACACUCCUCCAUCGAGCGCAAGCCAUGUCCAGCGAUGCAUUGCACCGAGCGCAUGCCGUGUCGAGUGAUGCGUUGCAUCGGUUUCAAUCCAAUGUUCUCCAUCCCGCGGCCGCCGCAUCGACCGCUAAGCGCGACCGAGCACAGUCCGCGAUUGUGUCCAUCUUUGUGCCAGAUCAUGCUGUGCCAGUGAAACCAGACACGUCGAAUCUCUUGCAACAUACGACAGUCGACACAACCUUCCUCAUGACCCGCGGCCUCUCGGAGGAGCUCGUAUUGACCAUUGCAAGCUACUUGGACGCCGCGUCCCUCUGUCGCCUACAGCAAACCAGCCGUCAGUGGCGACAUCACAUCGUCAUGCACGCCCCAACUUUGUGGCAAGGACUGGCCUGUAAAGAGCUCGGCAUCGACACACCAUCGAGCGGCGUCAUGGGGUACCUCGCUGCGUAUCAGACCGUCCUGGAGCGCGAAGUACGCCACGUCACCCACGUGCGAGCCCCGUACGAGGCUCUGGAGCACCACUGCUUGUCCGAGCCAGAGGACCACGGAAUCAUCGGCAUGUUCUGCGACGUGUGCUACUUUGAUGAUGCUCGCAUUGGACAAGCCAUUGCCACGCAGCGAUUUGGCGCGAUGGCGAUGGUGGUGGUGCAGCGGCCACGGCAUGUGCAGCGCUUCCGCAAGGCGUCCAACUAUGUCGGUCCGAUCAACUUCGUCCCACUUGAAAACCCCCAUUGGCCGUCGAUCGAACUCCCAGUGGUCGAGAAGUGUGGGGGAUUUCUCGGGUAUGCCUUCGACCUGGUGCGCAUGGUCCCUGGGUACGACCACCUCAAACCCACCGUCAUUCGGACUAUCCUGAAGAACAUCAUGGUGUUUGACACGGUCGCAAACGCCACCGCGUACAUGAGCACAGCCUCGACCUCCGCGCCCUACGUGACGUUAGACAGUGCCGACCGUCCGUUUGACUUGAGCUUUGCCUCGCCAUUGCGAGACAGCUUACGAUGCCUGCCCCUCGACCAGAAGUUACGACGUCUCACGCGGCUGCGCGAAAACACACGCCAUGCCAUCGCUUACAUCCAGUACGGCCGCUAACGCAACUACUGGAAUCGAUAUUUAUCUCUCCAAUGUCAGUGUCGCCACUCGAGUUGACGCGCAUUCCCACAGAUAUUCCACACCCGCAGGUCUUCCACUCAACACGUGUUUGGGUGUGUGUUCGUUCUAAUCUUAACUUGAAAUGCCUGUUUCCUAUCCCCGACCUCGACCGCCACGUCCGCCUCGGCCGCCUCGGCCACCCGACGGCCUUCGGUGUUCGGCCUUGAACUUUAGAUCUUGGACGCCACGCUUCUUCCGGGCCAUGUUGGACGAGUCCGGGCCACGUGGCACGCGCUUGGUGUGGCUCUGCGGAAUAUAGCUCAUUUCACGCACCAUGCCGGAGGAUCCGUUGUCAUCGAGCUUUUUCAUGACGCUGCGCUCUCGUCCCUUGACACGUUCGAGCUUGACACGUUCGGCCAGGGGAAGUUUACUCAAGUGACGUCGCUCCUUCUGUGCGGCGCGGUCGGCGGCCGACCCGAACCCGACGACGUUCUUGAUGGAUUCGCCCUUGGCGAGUUCAAAAAACUUGGGCGCUUUCACAACCUUUUUUGCAGGCGGGCGGCUCGAUGGCGCGUCAUCGUCGUCGCUCGCAUCGUCCUCGGAAGAAGAAGAGGCAUCGCUUGGUUUGCCUUCCUUCUCGUCCUCGACCAAAUCGAAUCGAUCUUCAUCCUCGUCAUUGUCGCUAUCGACGUCGUCCGUGCGCUUCUUUUUGGUAAACUGCGCGUUCGGAUGCAUCGCGCGGUACGUGUCGCUGUCUUCGUCAACGUAAAAGUCGGCCGACGAAAAGAGUUUGGAAAAGCGGUCGUCGCCCAGCGGGUUCGUCGCUAGGUCCGCGUCAUUGGCCACAGCCUCGCCCUUGGCCGCUUUCUUGGCUUGCUGGGCCAGCAGUUGCUCCGCAUACGCUUUGUUGACCUUGGGCAGGCGGCGCUGGAUCGUGAUACGGUUGGCCUGUUUCGCCUCCAACUUUUGCUUGAUCUUUUCUUUACGAUACGUAUCGUACGCCAAGGGCUCGGCGACCGCAUGCACCUUGCUGUACAGCCGGGCGUCCAUGAAGAAACCGUGCAUGUACGCUUUUAAGAGCGGCGUGCCCAUGAGGUGUUCCAGACCGAGCUGCUGCAGCUCCUGCCGUGUCACAAACUUGUAGUCGUCAUAUACAGUCGUUGUCGCUUCUUCCUCAAGCUCCUCCGUCAAGUUGUCCAGGAACGAGCACCACUUGGGCGCAAUACCGAGCUCAGGGAUGUAGUACGCCAUGACCCGUUCCUGCUCGCCGGCGACCAUGAGGACCCCGGACAUGCCAUUGCUCCCUGGGACCACGCACACGUCGCGGAUAUCGGCGGACGUUUCGAGAGGCGUGGACGACCGCAGAUCGUAUAGCUUGACCUCGCCGGUGUGGGUGCCAACGGCAAACGUGAGCCCAUCGACAUCGUAGGCCAGAGCUGUGAUGCCUGUCGUCGCCGCCGCGAGCGACCCCGCCCGCGUCUGACUCCGCGUAUCCCACAUCUCGACGACACCGUUGUCGCCACCAGCCCCGAGAAGCUGAUGCAAGGGGUUCAAUCGUACGACAUUGACUGCGGGCAUGUCGGUCUGCAGGCCAGCCAAAAACUGUCCUUGGUCCAGAUUGAGGCGGUAGAUCUCGGAAUCCGACGCCCCCACGUACAGGUCGCAGUUGCCGCGGUGAUACACCAUGUCACGACCGGCUUUGGGAAUGCGCACGGACGUGUGGGUCCCGUACGGGGCAUGGAACGCAAUGGAUCGGUCCAACUGGAGUAAUGCAAGUUUGCCAAAGUCCUCCGAGAGACAAAUGAGCCGCACAACUUCGCUGUCCAGACGCCGUUCGAACUUCAAACUCAAGUCUCGGACGUCGUACACUUUGAUCGACGGUGGGUACGUGCCGGAUGCGAUCACGUAAUGGCCGUCAGGCGACAUGGUCACUCGCUGCGACGACACGGGAAAGUGAAAGUCCUGCAACAGCUCCAGGCGACGACGGUAGUCUUCGUCACGGGAUAGUGCUUUGCGCGUCUUCUGAGCAAGCCAUUGCGGCAACGUCUUUCCAGCGCUCAAGUUGUAGAUUUUCACGCCAUUCAACGACUGCGCGGCCAGUCCCGACAUGUCCGCCGCCUCGGUAAUGCCAACGAUUCAAGUGGAGCAUACCGGAAUUGGGACGAAAUCAUUGGUGCCGAGACUCGG